AUGGUGCAAUUUUCCAAACGCCGCCUGGCUCCGCUGCGACGCGAUGACGUGCCCUUUUCCGAUAGCGUCUACACAACAGCCGGGCCGAACCAAGAUGCACGCCUCGAUCGGCGCCGUCUCUACCUCCACCUCAUCACCGUAAAAAUGCAGGGGUGCGUGCUGUGCGUGCUGCCGAUCGACACCAAGUUCUCGCCUGCGACACUGCCGCAGCGCAAACCCUUGCAAGCGCAAAUAGAACGGGAUCGCCUCGUUGCCCCGACAACGCCGGAAUCGCAGCUCAGCUUCGAGCGGCGGGCGAAAGAAGCUGCUCGGCUCAGAGCAUCGCCGCCGUAG